CCAAAUAAAACAAAAAGUAUGGUAAUCUCUAAAGAUCCAAUAAGGUGCAAGCUGGAAGUGGACAGCAAAAUUAGACAAACAAAGCCUGUUAUAAAGUGUUGGCCCCAUCGGACCAAAGUGGCAGUGAACGUGUUAAUACUUAAUUUAUCGAUUUGUGGAUGCAAGAAUAAUGUCAUACACGGUAGGUUGAAUGCGACACGGGCCACGUGCGAGAAGAAUAAGGUUAUGUGCUGAUUUAAUGUCAAUAUUCGAUAUAAACAAAAUUUAAAUGAAAUCUCUCACAAACGCCGGAUUGAAUUUAUGUAACAAAUUAUCGAUUUUACUAUAAGUAGCGAUAUUUUCCAUAGAAACAGACCUUUAAUCGACACAAUAAAACAGGUAUUAUAUACAUUUAAUAUUUACAAAAAAGUAGUAUACUCCUAAUAUGGAUGAGGAAGAAAAUGAUGAUAUAUCUACAAGCCCUGCCCGUCGUUCAUUACAACAAAAAUCGUCAGAAGACGUGUUUGAAGAAGAACCAAUUGAAUCAAUAUCGACUGGUAUAAGUUCUUACCAAAUCAAACCAACACUUCAGAACAAGUUUAAAGAGCUACCUGUAAAGGAGAUCAUAAGAAAUGUUGUAGCAUCUGUACUUACAGGACUGGCCUAUGAUCCAGACCGAGCUAAAAAUUGGUCCAUGUCUAUUUCCAAUGAAGUUAAUGACAAAGUUAGAGAUUUACAGAUGAAACGAUAUAAACACAUUGUUCAAGUUAUCAUUGGAGAAAUGAAAGGAGCUGGCGUUAAAUCUGCUGUAAGAUGUGUUUGGGAUUCAGAUGUGGAUGGUUACACAAGUGAUAUAUUUAUAAAUGACACCAUCUUCUGCGUGACCACCGUUUUCGCGAUAUAUCUGUAUUAAUCUUAAUACUAAAUUAUUUUAAAUAGUUGUUAUAAUAUUGCCAUCUUGGAGGAAGACUGUCAUUUUCACUAAUUUUUUGAUUUUGAGUACAUUAAUUUCAGGAGUUCAUCUGUCAUCCAUUAUUUUUCUUAAUUAAUUUAAUGUGUAAUGGCCUUUAAGUAUUUUGCUUUACAUUUUUAACUGUUUCUGUAAUCUGUUCAUUUAAAUAAAAUUGAUAAAAUGUUGAGAUAUUACAAAAAGUUAUUAUAUUUUUUAAAUUCUAAAAAAUACCAAAUUUUAGCAUCUUUACAGCUAUGAAUAAUAUGUUUAGUUAUUACAAAAAGUUAUUAUGUUUUUAAUCAUUGUCAGAUUUUAAGAUUAAUAAUUCUAAACAAGACCAAAUCUUAGCAUCUCUACAACUACGAAUAAAUGUAUUAUUUCAAAAAUGUAUUAUAUUUUAAUUGUGAGAUUUUAAAAUAUGAGAAUCUUCUUCCAAGUUGCAUUUUUGAUUAGAUAAUUUACCAUUUUCUUUUUGAUCACUGUUGGUAGUUGUUAUAACUAAACUAAGACACUGUAUUUUUAUAGUUUUUUAAUAAAUAUUUUUUUAAAUAAAUAAUUUAAAAUACGGGUAUAUCACUGGAAAAUGAGGAAAUUCUCAUCAUGAUGGAAGAUCGAAGAAAGGUAAGAAUAAGAAUAAUUACAACAAAAAAUGCAAAGAGCUGAGCCGUAAGGAUGGCCCAAGAUAAGUUAAGCAACAAUAGGGAACUUGCACAUUUUUUUUAUUACAUAAUAAUGUUCAGUUUUGUUUAAAAAUGAGAUUUCCAAAAUUUCGCGCUUCAAAAACUCGUAAUAACUUAGAAAUACAUAUUUAAAGUCUUCUUCGGUAUAAAAUAGUUUAAACGGCCCGUGAUGUCACAUAGUUUUACAUUAGUUAUUAUUAUGGUUAUAUUUCGCUGUGUCUAGGUACACGCUAACGUGUACGCAAAUAAAAAAGUUAGGUACACGCGAAUUAAACUUCAUCAAGCCAGUGACGUCAUUAUUUAGCGUGCGCAGUGACUGUAUAUUUUGGUACAUGCUAUUUUGAUAUGUUUAGAGUUUGUUUAAUAGAAAAAUAUUUGUUAAGGGAAGGGAAGCAGAACUAUUCAGAUGUUUCAAACUUAAUUGUAAUAAAUCAAUGUAUAUAUAAAAGUAUAUAUUUAGGUUAGCAAAAUAAAUAUAUGUAUUUAGUUGACAUGACACGUACAAAAUAUUGUUAAAAUAAUUUCUAUACGUAAGUUAAUUAUUAUAAUCAACUAUUCUAAAUGGGAAAUAAGCCACAAUUUAACUAAAAAAAUGAUUUUAUUAACGUUUCGACGUCCAAAUCGGAUGUCAUUGUCAAAAUACAAAAAUUAGUCAGAUUAAAUAAAUUAUUAGAAAAAAUUUUUUACUAAGCAACAACAUUUUUGUUUAAUUUAAUAUUUUGUAUUUUGACAACGACGUCCGAUUUAGACGUCUAAACGUUAAUAAAAUCAUUUUUUAGUUAAGUUGUGGCUUAGUUCCCAUUUAGAAUAGUUGAUUACAAAAAUGCCACAAGGAAAUAGCUUCAGAACAAGUUAAUUAUUAUUGUGAAAGCUUUAGGUCUUCCUUUUAUUUUAAUUUUGGACGGUAAUACUAUUUCACUUAUAACUAAAAAAAUAUAUAUUAAUUUAUAGUCUCUUAACUUUUUCAUACUGUUUUAAAAUGUUGUUAAACUCAUUACAACAACUAAAUAAUUGUCCACACUACAUAGUUAAUUUAAAAACAAACUCUAAACAAAUAAAAAAUAAAAAAUCUCUUUACUAAUCAAUAUUUUUAUAUUUGCGUACACGUUAGCGUGUACCUAGACACAGCGUUAUAUUUAGGUAUAUUCUUCUUCUCCUUCUUUAGUUUAUUGGCCUCCACCUACUUGGGUAUUUGGCCAGCUCAUCGUCGGGGUAUAAGUGAAAAAUAUUUAUAUUCUAAUGACAUUUAUCGUAUGUCGUUGUAAUAAUAUAUACCAGUUUGUUGAGAUUGGAGUUUGAUACAGUUUUUGAAGGAAAGGAAAGAAUGUUUACUAUUGAAAAUAAAACCAUUUUGUAAAAGUACACAUUUUCUAUGAAUAGUUCAAACUUCAAACGAUCAAAAACACUUUUAACGUCACAUAACUAUAUUUUUUACUGAGGUUUUUAAUGUCUAAUUUAAAAUUAUAUAUACAAUUGGUGUAGAAUGUAAACAUACAACUCUGUGACGUCACGACCCGUUUUGGGGUGGCCGGUAUAAGUUGAAUUUUUAGUCGUCUUUAGGGGCCAAACUAAAUACAAACAAAACUUUUUUAUCUUUGAUACAGGUUCUAAAUCAUGUUCUGUUGUGAUUUAUACCAUUUUUUUCGAAUUUAAAAUUUUAUGGAAGUCCCCUAUUGUACAGAGAUACAAAAUACAUUUGUUUCAAAAACUGCCACAACGUAUCUUCUGACAGUAAAUCGAUACAAAAACAAAAUUGAUUUUUUUAAACUUCAACAAAUAGCAAGUUUUAUUUUAUUUUCUCUUUAUGUUAAUAAACAUGGUUGUAAUAAAAA